UCACAAAUAAAUCCCAUACCAAUCGCCCGACAUUUCUCUCACUCCACAAUCGGAGACCAAAGAUUAUUCCUUUUUUCCCAUUUCUAUUUCUUCCAAUCUCAAUCGCAUGACGGAUUAUCGUUUGUCGACGAUGAAUCUCUGGACUGACGAGAACGCGUCGGUUAUGGACGCUUUCAUGAAUUCCGAUCUGUCUUCCUACUGGGCUCCGUCAGCCGCCUCCUCUCACUCUCUUCACCACCCACCGCCACCUCAGUCCUCCGCCUCCACAUCCACUCCCCCGCCGGACGCACCUAAGUCCCUCCCCGUUUUCAAUCAGGAGACUCUGCAGCAGCGGCUCCAGGCGCUGAUCGACGGUGCUAGGGAGAGUUGGACUUAUGCGAUUUUCUGGCAGUCGUCUUAUGAUUAUUCUGGUGGGUCUGUUUUGGGGUGGGGUGAUGGGUAUUACAAAGGAGAGGAAGAUAAAGGAAAGGGAAAAGCGAAAAUGGUGUCGUCAGCGGCGGAGCAGGCUCACCGGAAGAAGGUUUUACGGGAGCUUAACUCUUUGAUUUCUGGCUCUGCCGCCGGACCUGACGAUGCGGUGGAUGAGGAGGUUACGGAUACGGAGUGGUUCUUUUUGGUUUCGAUGACUCAGUCGUUUGUUAAUGGUGUUGGGUUACCGAGUCAAGCGUUUUACCACUCGACGCCGAUUUGGGUCUCUGGUGCCGAUCGGCUGUCGGCGUCUGCCUGUGAACGAGCUAGACAGGGGAGGGUUUUUGGGUUACAGACGAUGGUCUGUAUUCCAUCGCCUAACGGUGUUGUGGAAAUGGGUUCGACGGAAUUGAUUCAUCGAACGUCGGAUUUGAUGAAUAAGGUCAAGAUUCUGUUCAAUUUCAACAAUCUCGAAACGAGUUCUUGGAUUUCGGGAACUACCGCCGCCGCAUCCGCUGCCGACGAAGGGGAAAACGACCCGUCGUCGAUGUGGAUCAGUGAGCCAUCGAGUACAAUCGAGAUGAAGGAUUCAAUCACCACCACUGUUCCUUCCAGCAACGUUCCGGCAAAGCCAAUCCGUUCGGAAAAUCCCAGUACAAGUAGCUUAACGGAAAAUAUGAGCACGAUUCAACAAUCCCAUCAUAAACAGAGCCAAAGCUUCUUAAAUUUCUCCGAUUACGGCUUCGAAUCAAAUCCCACAAAGAACACCACCGCUACCGCCACCGCAACCACCAGCACCACCCCAUCAUUCAAGCCGGAAUCCGGCGGGAUGCUGAAUUUCGGCAACGGGAGCCUCUUCUCCGGCCAUUCACAGUACGUAACAAACGAACAGAACGAGAAAAAGAGAUCCCCUGCUUCUCGAAGUAGCAACGACGAAGGGAUCCUCUCUUUCACCUCCGGCGUGAUCUUACCCUCUUCCGGUAAGGUAAAAUCCGGUGAUUCAGACCAUUCAGAUCUCGAAGCAUCAGCGAUCAGAGAAGUGGAUAGCUGUACAAAAUCAUUAGAACCCGAAAAACGUCCAAGAAAAAGAGGUAGAAAACCAGCAAACGGAAGAGAAGAGCCAUUGAAUCACGUAGAAGCAGAGAGACAACGGCGAGAGAAAUUAAACCAGAAAUUCUACGCUCUCCGAGCUGUAGUUCCAAACGUAUCUAAGAUGGACAAAGCCUCACUACUAGGUGACGCGGUUUCGUACAUAAACGAGCUCAAAUCGAAGCUCCAAAUGGCAGAAUCGGAGAAAACAGAUAUGGGAAAACAUCUAGAAUUGCUGAAGAAGGAGAUGGGAGGAAAAGAUUUAGGAUGUUACUCAAACCCAAAUGAUGAAGAUCUGAAAACAGGGAAAAGAAAGGUAAUGGAUAUGGAGAUUGAAGUUAAAAUCAUGGGUUGGGAUGCGAUGAUAAGGAUUCAAAGCAACAAGAAGAAUCAUCCGGCGGCGAGGUUGAUGACGGCGUUUAAGGAUUUGGAUUUAGAAAUGCUUCACGCGAGUGUUUCUGUAGUGAAUGAUUUGAUGAUUCAACAAGCAACAGUGAAGAUGGGGAGCAGAUUUUACACACAAGAGCAGCUUAAAAUGGCUCUUGUCGCCCGAGUCGGCGGUGGUGGAAGUGGAGGCGGCGGUGGAAUCAUGUAAAUGGGGUUAGGGGACAUUUUUGAAGCUCCCAAUUAGUAGAGUUUAGUUGAGGGAAUCUGAUUUAGUAUUGUGUAAUAUAAAUGUUGGUAAAUUAUUUUUGAUAAUUCUCUUGUUGUUCAUCUUUUGUUGUUAGAGUAAUUUGGGAGUUCUUCUAUAUGUAGUUUUUGUUUAUUAAAUAUGAAAUCUAAUAGAAGUAAAGAUCAAAGACCUUCAAACUUUGUGUUUGAUCAUUUCAA